UCAUCAAAUCUUCCUAAAUUAGCUCCUCAUAUCCCUUACAAAACUCAUGGCAACCUCUCAACACAUCAAAAUUCCACUCAAGAUGAUCAAGAGCUUAUUCUGGCUACUCGUUUUAGUUCUUACAGUCACAUACCCUGCAUCUGCUCGAAUCCUCGAUGAGGACACCGUUGUUCCGGCCACCACACCGGAGCAACCAGAUUCAGCUGAAACUGCAACUGUUUCCGGCGUACCUCCUGUGGUAACCGGCAAUCCAACUGCAGCAACUAGUACUACUGCCACAGCUGCCGGCACAGAUGACCACCAUUUGUCAUUCUUCAUGCACGAAAUCCUCGGUGGUUCGAAUCCCUCAGCCAAAGCCGUGACUGGGGUUGUCACCAAUCCAGCAGUCAACGGUCAAGUCCCCUUCGCCAAGCCAAACGGUGCAGUCAUCCCAGUUAAUAAUGGCGUUCUGGACCAAAACAACAACAACAACAAUGGAGUUUUGAACAACAACAACAUUCCCUUUCUCACCGGCCUCGGAGGAAAUAUUCCCAACGUGAUCCAAAACAAUGGGAACAAUAAUAACCUGAUCAACGGAAUUCCGACCGUGAAUGGCGCUCAGCUCCCUGCAGGAAUGACCCUUCAGAAAGUUAUGUUCGGGACACUGACUAUCUUUGACGAUGAACUGACCGAAGGGCAUGAACUUGGGUCAGGUUUGGUUGGGAAGGCACAAGGGUUUUACGUAGCCAGUUCAGAAGAUGGAACAAGCCAAACCCUGGCUUUCACCGCCAUGUUUGAGAGUGGUGGUUAUUCUGAUACCCUCAGUUUCUUUGGUGUUCAUCGGACUGCUGUCUCGGAAUCGCAUCUUGCAGUCAUGGGAGGCACCGGAAAGUAUGUCAAUGCUAUGGGUUAUGCCACGUUAAAGACGUUUCCGGCGACAAACCAGCAUGACAGUGAUGGAGUCGAGACUCUGCUGCAGAUUACUGUGUAUCUUACUUACUAG